AUGAAACUUGCCUUACUCGUUUUGGCAUCCAUUGCCUCAGUAUCGACUGCCUUUCCUAUUUUCAACAUCAAUUGGGACAAAUUAUCUCAAGAGGUAUUGUCUGACUUGAGACCAGUCACUGGUUCUAGUCUACUCCCCCCCGAUCGUCCUGAAAUCGACUCUGAGUCAUUACAGGAUCUCAUUCUUGAAGAUUCUCUUAGAGAGAGAGCAAACACAUUGUUUUCUAUCGCUUCAUCUUCUAACAAAACAUGGGGCCAUCCUACUCGUGUAAUUGGCUCUAAAGGUCAUUGGAAAACCAUUGGCUAUAUCAAGAAGGAGAUCAAGAAGUUAGGCAAUUACUACAAUGUCACUGUUCAACCUUUCAAGGCCUUUUACGGUGAUGUUUUCUACUAUAAUGCCACAAUCAAUGGCACUUACUUGCCAGAAUUAGAUCCUAUGGAUAUGAGUCCUCCAACGCCUCAUAAAAAACCUGUUUCUGGUCCUUUACUUGCCGUAACAAACUAUGGAUGCCUUCUCGAUGAUUACCCCACUGAUUCUGAAGGCUCUAUUUUACUUAUUCGAAGAGGAAAUUGUUCUUUUGGUGAAAAGGCCAUAACCGCUGGUAAAUUGGGUGCCAAGGCCGCCAUUAUAUACAAUAAUGAGGACGGUUCUAUUCGGGGAACUCUAGGCGUUCCUCCCAAGGGAACUGCAGUGGCACCAUCUGUUGGUAUCUCCAAGACUUUAGGUGAAUAUUACCUUGGAUUAUUGGCCUCCGGAGAGCAUUUAGAAGGUUCGGUUGUUGUCGACUCAUUUGUUGGAAUCGUCAAGACAUUGAACGUUAUUGCUGAGACCGUAGAGGGUGACCCCAACAAUAUCGUUAUGCUAGGUGCUCAUUCAGACAGUGUGGCUGCCGGCCCCGGAAUUAACGAUGAUGGUUCAGGUACUCUGUCGCUAUUGGAAGUUGCCAAACAACUAACCAACUUUAAGGUUAAUAACAAGGUCCGUUUUGCCUGGUGGGCGGCUGAAGAAGAAGGAUUACUUGGCUCUAACAAUUAUGCUGAAACUUUGACCCCUGACGAAAAUCAGAAGAUCCGUGUCUUUAUGGACUACGAUAUGAUGGCUAGCCCUAACUAUGAGUACGAGGUAUAUGAUGCCAACGAUGUGGAUAAUCCAAAGGGUUCCGGAGAGUUGAAAAACUUGUAUAUUGAUUACUAUACUGAGCAUGGAUUGAACUAUACCUUGAUUCCAUUUGAUGGAAGAAGUGACUAUGUUGGAUUUAUCGAACAUCACAUUCCAGCAGGGGGUAUUGCUGCCGGCGCAGAGAAGAAAAAUGUGUUCAACGGUAAUGUUUUAGACCACUGUUACCAUCAGUACUGCGACAAUUUAGAUAAUUUGGCCUACGAUGCUUGGAUGAUCAAUACCAAGCUUAUUGCCCACUCUGUGGCCACCUAUGCUAAAUCGUUUGAAGGUUUCCCAGAAAGAGAGCCUUUGUCUGGUUUCUCCAAUUCUUUGAAUGCCGACUGCGUCCCAAAGACCUUCAGAUAUAGAGGUCCUUACAUGAUCGAUUAG